ACGCAAUCAUGUUGAAGAGAUCAGCAAACGUGUUUAGAACUUCUACCAGAACCAGAAGUUCGAGUUCAACUUCUGCGUUGGCAUACAAGACUUUACACAGGAAUCAAAAGAGACCACCUCUCCCCACUAUAGAUACUCCUAGUUGGUCAGCAGAUACAGCUGUUUCCUCAAUCUUGUAUGAAACGCCUGUUCCAUCUAAGGCUCCAAAGAAGCAACAUGUUUUGAAUUGUUUGGUUCAAAACGAACCGGGUGUGUUGUCUAGUGUUUCUAGUACUUUAGCAGCCAGAGGAUUCAACAUUGAUUCCUUAGUUGUUUGCAACACCGAAGUUAAGGACUUGUCUCGUAUGACUAUCGUGUUGAAGGGUCAAGAUGGUGUCAUUGAACAAGCGAGAAGACAAAUUGAAGACUUAGUUCCAGUCUAUGCUGUUUUAGAUUACACCAAUGCUGAAAUCAUAAGAAGAGAAUUAUUAUUGGCUAGAGUUUCCUUGUUGGGUCCAGAAUAUUUCCAAGAAUUGAUUGCUACUCAUCAAUUACAUGUUGAUGAUGCCUCUUCCAUUCCUGACUUGACCGCUUGUGAAUCAGCUUACCACCCAAGCAACUUACCACCUUCAGAAGCACUUAGACAAAAGCACUCCCAUUUCAAUCAUAUUUCCGCCCUUACUGAACAAUUUGGUGGUAAGGUUGUAGAUAUUUCUGAAAGAAAUGUUGUUGUGGAGUUGAGUGCCAAGCCAUCGAGAGUCAGUUCAUUCAUCACUUUGUUACAGCCAUUUGGUAUUUUGGAAUUGGCUAGAUCUGGUAUGAUGGCCUUACCAAGAACUCCAUUGGAAAGACACGAAGAAGAUGAAGAACCAGUAGCUGCUGAUAUCGUUGAUGCCUCUCAAUUACCACCAGGUUAAACAUAUACAGAUACACACACACACAAAAAAAAAAGGUACUUGGGUUAUGCACCUGAGAGACUCUGUUUAUAAAUAAGAAUAUAUAAUAAAUAUAUAUGAUACGCAUCAUAGAACUACACCGAGUGACAUAUGAAUUGAAUUAUAGUGGUAUGGCGCUCACAAUGUAUAAACAAUGUAUAGAGUUUUGACGUAUAGCGGAUAAAUCACCCGCAGGAAAAAGGUUUAACACCCCUGAAAAUAUCUAGGGUGGACUGACGUGUGGCGGUAUAGGCAAAGGAAGUAAUUUAAGCGAUGACAGGAAUAUCGCUAACUUUAACUAACAAAGCUUGAAACAUACCCAUAAAUCUCCAGCAACCCUAGAACAUGAAUUGGUGCACUUGCAGACCUCCCCCCUGUAGUAGAGUGGGACCUGGGGCUGAAUCUCAAUCCCAUAUGAAAAUUUACUGUCACACAAGCC